AUGUUGUCUCUAAGAAAAAUCUGUGCUCUAGGGUUAUCAUGGCUCGCCCAGAAAGCCUAUGCUCAAGACUCAUCACCUUCAGGGCCGACGAUGCCCAAUAUCGUCAAGAACUGCAAUGCAUUUUAUACGGUCCUUGAAGGGUCUGGCGACUCGUGCUGGUCCAUCACACAAAAGUUCAGCAUCACGCUUGACCAAUUCUACACCUGGAAUCCAGAUGUGACGGACGAUUGUGGUACCAACUUCUGGCCUGGCUACUCAUACUGCGUUGGUAUAGAUCCCAGUAUACCAACGACUUCAUCUUCGUCUUCAUCUUCAUCUUCAUCUUCAUCUUCCACCAUAUCGAGCACCAGUAGCAGUAGCGUGACAUCUAGCAGCACUACAACGACCAGUGUACCACCCAACACGGAGCCGUAUACAACUAACUGGCCCAUCACGAAUUGGACUAUCACCCCGACCACGAUAGAAACGAACUUCCCGCCGCAGCGAACCCAACCAGGGCAGCCCCCGGCUUGCAACAACUGGUACUAUGUCAACCCAACUGAUACAUGCGACAGCAUCGUAUCUACCAACUCGUGGCUGACCCUCGAGAACUUGCAUGCUUGGAACCCAGUCCUCGACAGCGACUGCUCAGGACUAUAUGCCGGCUGGUGGCUCUGCAUUGGUAUCCCAACAACCUCGACAGCCGAGUUUGGCUGGACCACGACGGAUGCACCACCUGAUAUACCUACAUUCACAGGUAAUUAUACCUUUACACCACUCCCGGAAGUCAACUCGACCUUCGUAGCCGAGCCCACACAAACGGGGAUAGUCGGCGGUUGCCUGGCUUUCUAUCAAGCUCAGAGUGGCGAUACCUGCCGCAACAUCGUAGACGGCCACUAUUUGACUGAGGAGGACUUCAUGGCGAUGAAUCCAGCUCUUAAUGGCAAUUGCGACGGUCUCUGGACGGGAUAUUACUACUGCGUCGUCGGACCUAGCGGUAUCACUGCUAUGCCCCCUACCGCUACGUCGCCGCCGGCUACAAUUCCAUCUGGCCAAACUAGCGAUUGUCUUCAUUGGUACCAGCGCGAUGGAGAAUCCUGUGCCGAUAUCGUCACCAUGUUUGGUAUCUUCUCCCUAUCCGACUUUCGAGCAUGGAACCCCAGUCUUGGGGGAGAGUCAUGCGAAGGUAUCGUUGAUGGUGCUUGGUAUUGCGUAGGCAUUCCAGGAACGCCCACGACGAGGACGAGUCCUAUACCGACUACUACGGACCAGCCGCUAACACCCACGCAAAGUGGAAUGGUAACCGGAUGUACCAAGCUUUGGCUUGUCUCUUCUACCGACACCUGCGACUCAAUAAUUUCGGCGAAUGGCAUAAGCCCCGAUGUCUUCUACCAGUGGAACCCAGCAGUUGGAUCAGGAACUUGCGAUAACUUGGCACCAGACUUCUACGUCUGCGUCGCGGUAGGCGAUUCCGCGUCGUUGCCUCCAAGUACGACAAGUUCGUCGCCAACUACCACUACUACCUCAGCCAUCACGACACCAACCCCAGUCCAGGCGGGUAUGGUAUCCGGCUGUAGGAGAUUCUACAAGGCGCAGACGGGUGACGGAUGCUGGGCCAUUGCUAAUUCGGCGGGAAUUAGUCUCGAGUAA